GGGAAGAGGGAGGAGUGCCGAGCAGAGAGCAAGGUUACACGUGAGAGCAGUCCAGAGAACGAAAGUAAGAGAGACAGGAGAGAGAGAGAGAAUAGCAGGACAGGUACGAUAGUGUGGAUUAUGGAGUUGAGAAGGUUUCAGUCUUACUUCACAAGUUAAUUACCUGUUGCUCACUGGAGGAGAAGAAAGAACAAAGAAAAGUGGAGAACAAAGAAAGAGUAAACAAUAAGGGCAACGGAGAAAGAGAGAGGCAUAGGGGAAAACCAGGGGGAUAGGGAGAGGGGGAACCAUGGGUAGAGAGAAAGGGAAGGACAACAGUUGAAUGUUGACAGAGGGAGUGAGGAUAUUAAUCAGGAGAUAAACAAAAAGGAGAGAGCGAGGGGAAAAAAGAAAAAAACAAAUAGAUACACAUUGACAGAGUGGACUGGACUUCAAUGAAGCACUGACAGCAAAAUAAAGGGUGAGAAAGAGAGAGAAAGGAGGUCACUGCAGUCCGAAGUAGGUGCUGUGCACUGUAAUUCCUUAAGCACACUUACUAUGCAACAGGAGAGUUAGGACAAGCAAAGACAGACAGACGUUCACUACACGAUUGAACCAUGUUGUUGAAGGAGUAUAGAAUAUGCAUGCCACUAACUGUGGAAGAGUAUAAGAUUGGGCAGCUGUACAUGAUCAGUAAACACAGUAAUGAGCAGAGCGGAGGAGGGGAGGGAGUGGAGGUGGUGAGGAACCAACCAGACACACAUCCCCAACACGGCCUGGGACAGCUCACAGAGAAACGCAUCUACCUCAAUAGUAAACUGCCAUCCUGGGUGAGUGUGUUUGUCCCCAGGGUCUUCUAUGUGACAGAGAAGGCCUGGAACUUCUACCCUUACACCAUCACAGAGUACUCAGUCUCCUUCCUUCCCAAGUUCAGCAUCCGUAUUGAGACCAGGUUUGAGAACAACAAUGGUGACAACAAUAAUGUAUUUGGAGACAGGCCCACCCCUGCAGAGAGCGUGAGCCACCUGGAUAUCCUCAUUGACCCCAUCCCUGACAAACACUACAAGGAGACAGAGGACCUGAGUCGCUGGGUGUCUGAGAAGACGAGCCGAGGCCCCCUGGUGGAAGGGUGGCGUAAGGACAGCACCCCCAUCAUGUGCUCCUAUAAGAGGGUGCAGUGCAGUUUCGAAGUCUACGGCUUCCAGGGCAAGACUGAGGACUUCAUACACAGGAACAUCCAGGACAUCCUACUGGUGGGACACAGACAGGCUGUGGCCUGGACAGACGAAUGGCACGGGAUGAGUUUGGAGGAUGUGAGAGAGUAUGAGCGACAGAUACAGGAACAGACCAACAGCAAACUCAAAUCAACCCAGAACAACAACACAGCCCCUCGUCCGGCAUACUCGCGCUCUAUGUCCGUCACAGAUGAGCGCUCUCUGAAGAAGAUGGGAGUGAAGACUAUGGCCAUGUCAGACCCCUCCACCUCCACAAUGCCUCAUAGCACUGUCCGCCUUAACUCCACCCCCGAGUAACACACACACGUUCAUACUGAUGCAUCAGUUCCUGCCUGCUUAAACCCCUCCAUGACAGUAACUACACUGCAUCAGUUUCUGCCUGCUUAAACCCCUCCAUGACAGUAACUACACUGCAUCAGUUCCUGCCUGCUUAAACCCCUCCAUGACAGUAACUACACUGCAUCAGUUCCUGCCUGCUUAAACCCCUCCAUGACAGUAACUACACUGCAUCAGUUCCUGCCUGCUUAAACCCCUCCAUGACAGUAACUACACUGCAUCAGUUCCUGCCUGCUUAAACCCCUCCAUGACAGUAACUACACUGCAUCAGUUUCUGCCUGCUUAAACCCCUCCAUGACAGUAACUACACUGCAUCAGUUCCUGCCUGCUUAAACCCCUCCAUGACAGUAACUACACUGCAUCAGUUCCUGCCUGCUUAAACCCCUCCAUGACAGUAACUACACUGCAUCAGUUCCUGCCUGCUUAAACCCCUCCAUGACAGUAACUACACUGCAGCAGUUCCUUUUUUUUACGGCCGUCCACCACAAACACAUUUAACCAAUAACGCUACACUGUCCACAGAAGCAGCACUUAGAGCACUCAGGUCCUACGCCUUUCUCCAGCUGUAACUAUAUAACCCAACCCCUGUUCUACCCCUUUCUCCAGCUGUAACUAUAUAACCCUAACCCCUGUCCUACUCCUUUCUCCAGCUGUAACUAUAUAACCCUAACCCCCUG